CAUGGUGCUCUUUUGAAUCCUCUCUUUGAGAACCCCAUCCUCUGUGUUUUUAACCUGUCACGUGCCUCUCUUUUUUUUUUUGCAGGCAAAAUGUCCAAGGGUCCAGCUGUCGGCAUUGAUUUGGGGACCACCUACUCCUGCGUAGGCGUUUUCCAGCAUGGCAAGGUGGAGAUCAUCGCCAACGACCAGGGCAACCGCACCACGCCCAGCUACGUGGCUUUCACGGACACGGAGCGCCUCAUUGGUGAUGCUGCCAAGAACCAAGUGGCCAUGAAUCCCACCAACACCGUCUUUGAUGCCAAGCGCCUAAUUGGCCGACGUUUCGACGAUCCGGUCGUACACAGCGACAUGAAGCACUGGCCUUUCCAAGUCAUCAAUGAUGGCGGUCGCCCCAAAGUCCAAGUAGAAUAUAAGGGCGAGAUGAAGUCCUUCUACCCUGAAGAGGUCUCCUCAAUGGUGCUGACCAAGAUGAAGGAGAUUGCAGAGGCUUACCUGGGCAAGACAAUUAACAAUGCGGUAAUCACGGUCCCAGCCUAUUUCAAUGACUCUCAGCGGCAAGCCACCAAAGACGCCGGCACCAUCUCGGGCCUCAAUGUUCUUCGCAUCAUCAACGAACCGACGGCAGCAGCCAUUGCCUAUGGGCUGGAUAAAAAGGUGGGUGGCGAGCGCAACGUCCUCAUUUUUGACCUGGGCGGUGGCACCUUUGAUGUGUCCAUUCUGACGAUUGAGGAUGGCAUCUUUGAAGUGAAAUCGACGGCUGGAGACACUCACCUGGGCGGUGAGGAUUUUGACAAUCGCAUGGUGAACCACUUCGUGUCGGAGUUCAAGCGCAAGCACAAGAAGGACAUCACGGACAAUAAGCGGGCCGUCCGGCGGCUGCGCACAGCUUGCGAGCGGGCCAAGCGCACGCUCAGCUCCUCCACCCAGGCUUCCAUUGAAAUUGACUCCCUCUACGAGGGCAUUGACUUCUACACUUCCAUCACCCGGGCUCGCUUUGAGGAGCUGAAUGCCGACCUCUUCCGGGGCACCCUGGAGCCGGUGGAGAAGGCCUUGCGGGAUGCCAAGUUGGACAAGGCCCAGGUCCACGACAUUGUGCUGGUGGGGGGCUCCACCCGCAUUCCCAAGAUCCAGAAGCUUUUGCAGGACUUCUUCAACGGCCGGGAGCUCAACAAGAGCAUCAACCCAGACGAAGCGGUGGCGUAUGGAGCAGCUGUCCAGGCUGCCAUCUUGUGCGGGGACAAGUCUGAAAACGUGCAAGAUCUUCUACUUUUGGACGUCACCCCUCUUUCCCUGGGUAUUGAGACCGCAGGGGGGGUGAUGACAGCCCUCAUUAAGCGAAACACCACCAUCCCCACCAAACAGACCCAGACCUUCACCACUUACUCUGACAACCAGCCUGGAGUGCUUAUUCAGGUGUACGAGGGUGAGCGUGCCAUGACCAAAGAUAAUAAUUUGCUGGGCAAGUUUGAGUUGACGGGCAUCCCGCCUGCUCCUCGGGGCGUUCCCCAGAUCGAAGUGACCUUUGACAUCGAUGCCAACGGUAUCCUCAACGUGUCCGCGGUGGACAAGAGCACGGGCAAGGAGAACAAGAUCACCAUCACCAACGAUAAAGGCCGUCUUAGCAAAGAGGAGAUUGAGCGUAUGGUCCAAGAAGCAGAACAGUACAAAGCUGAGGACGAGGUCCAGAGGGAGAAGAUAGCUGCAAAGAACUCCUUGGAGUCUUUGGCCUUCAACAUGAAGAGCACAGCAGAAGACGAGAAGCUGAAGGACAAGUUGUCUCCCGAGGACAAGCAGAAGAUCCUGGAUAAAUGCAAUGAGGUCAUUUCCUGGCUGGACAGGAACCAGAUGGCAGAGAAGGACGAAUACGAGCAUCAGCAGAAAGAGCUCCAGAAUGUUUGCAAUCCCAUCAUCACCAAGCUGUACCAAGGAGCCGGAGGGAUGCCCGGUGGCAUGCCGGGUGGAAUGCCAGGGGGCUUCCCCGGAGCUGGAGGCGCCGGGGGUGGCUCUUCUGGUCCCACCAUCGAGGAGGUGGAUUAAGCUCCCGCCUCUUCUGAAGGGCCCUGCGAGAGGGACGGGGUGGGCGAAGACGUAAGAAGAAACGCAAGACAUCCUUUUUCCAAGGAGAACCAUCGUUUGGUUCUGCUUCAUUUCAGCUGUUGCCUGCGGGCCUGUUCAGAUUGUCUCUGUGUGUCCGUGCGUCUGUCUCUCCCUCUCUCUGUGCCUUCACACAGCUUCCCAACUUUGCUUUCUUCUUUCUCUUCCCCUUCCCGUCUUCUUUCACCACUCCGUUAACGGAGCUCCACCUCCUCCUCCUCUCCCUCUCCUGACUGCCAAAUUGAGACUUCCAAAUGACGUUCAUGUGAAUAAAUUAUUGCACUUUGGUCAACCCACCAAA